AUGGAUAGCAAAAACAAGAUGCAUAUGAUUUCGUGGGAUAAGAUCUGUCGGCCCAAGUUGUAUGGUGGUUUGGGCAUCCCCUCUUUGGCUGCCUUACAAUAUGCUUUUAAUUGUUCUGUGAUAUCUAGAAUGUAUAACUGUGAAUCCCCUUUGUCUGCUUGGCUCCUUCAAAGGUAUAUCUCCCCUUGGCGUCCACCUCCGGUUUAUUCCUCUAAAUUUUGGAAACUUAUUUGCUGUACUGCUAGUGAGGCAAAACACUUCUUUAGCUUUAAUAUUUCGGCUAUUGCUCCUGUCUCUUUGUAUUGGGACCAUUGGUGUAUUAAUGAUGCGUUCGCUGGAAAUGGGUAUGGCUACCAAUUCUUCACUGGUACCUCUGCUAAUACCAGGCUGAUGGACUUUAUUAUUGAUAAUACCUGGAAUUUACCUCACUCGCUGCCUGAUUCUGUUAAGCAGCAAAUUUCUGAUUUGCACAUUCACGAAUCUGCUACUUGUUUAGUUUGGAAAAACUCAGGUGCUGGCAUAUUUAGAGAUUAUGUUAAUGGUUUCUAUUCUAAUAUGGACAUAUGUCCUUGGGCUAAUCUCAUAUGGCAUAAAGGGGCUGCUUUACGUUUCUCUGUUUAUGUCUGGAUGUCUAUCAUGGGGGCUCUGAAAACUGCUGAUGCUUUGUCUAAACGCAACAUUUUGGUGCAUCCAGUUUGUAGCCUUUGCAAUUUGCAACUGGAAUCCUCUAUGCAUUUGUUCUUUGAAUGCCCUUUCUCACAUUCCACUCUUAUUCAUAAUAUCCCGGUUGCAAAAAAUUUAUUAAUCAGGCCCACCGUGCUCCACUUGUUUGAAUGGAUUGAUAGUUGUUAUGCCUCCAGAUUAUCUGAGAAGAAUUUUUUUCUUCUUAUGGCUAGCUGCACCAUUUAUUUUGUUUGGAAAGAGAGGAAUGACAGGAGAUUUGGGUCCUCAUUUAAAUGCUCUAAAACUGUUGCUUUAAAUGUUAGAAGUUCGGUUUAUGAGAAAAUUACUAAUUGGAAAGAUGCUGGGAAGCUUAAAGAGUUGCUGUAA